AAAAGGAGAAGCAAGACAUUGAAGUCCCAAUGACACACUCCUCAUAAUCUCAUCUCCCAAAAAAAACCUCCCAGAAUUUCACGCCUCCUUUUUUUCUCUAAAUAAAUUUCACCAUAGUAUUAGUAUGGUCAACCUACCUAUUGUUGUUUGUUGUUUCUUAAUUUUCUCUCUCAUUAAUCUGCAAACUUCUCUCCCUUUGUUUCCUCGUCAAGUCUCCAUCUCUGAGCCUCCCAAACCCUAUUUGUCUACAUUUUUCUUCAGAUAACACAAUUCCAAUUCCAAUUCCAAUUCCAAUUCUACUAUUAAUAUGUACAUAUAUGCACUUUGCUUUGCUGCAUAACUAAAUAGCAAUACUAAUGUGGACGAUUGCAAUGGAUAGUAAUAGCACCAAGAAGCUCCGCCCUCUGAUGCCGCGCCCAAUCUAUUCAUCUUCUUCUUCCUCCUCUUGCUGCUGCCUACCAAACCCUAAUAUCUGGAACAAUUCCUUAACUGAUCAUCAUCAUCACAAGAGAGAAAUAUCGACGGCGGCGCCGCUGGUGAGCACGAGGUGGAACCCUACGCCGGAGCAACUGCAGGCACUUGAGGAAAUGUACAGACGCGGAAUCCGAACUCCGUCGGCGGAGCAGAUUCAGCAGAUCGCAGCGAAACUCCGACGGUUCGGGAAAAUCGAAGGCAAAAACGUUUUCUACUGGUUUCAAAACCACAAGGCGAGAGAGCGACAGAAGAAGCGUCGUCAGCUUGAGCUCCAUCUCGCCGCCAAAAAACCCCCACCUGGAGUGAGCAGGAGAUAUAUGGAAAUUGAGCAACACGGGAAGGUCCCUAUAGGCUCAAAUUCAGAGGAUUCUGCAUCAAUGCAUGGCGCAGUGAUUGCUGCAGGCAGUGGAAAAGAUGGAUGGAAGAAGCACAAAGAAUUGGAAUUGAAUUGGCAACUGGAUUUGGAUUUGGACUUGUCUAAUUCUUCAUCUUCUUCUACUGGACAAGAGAACACCAAACCCUACUAUCCCUAUCACCACCAAACUACUACACUUCAUCUCUUUCCCAGCCCACAACAAGAAACCACCCUUCUUCACCUUCCUCAUACUUUUACCAAGCCUUCUAACUUCAUCGAGUUUCUUCCUAUUAAAAACUAAUUCAGUCUCAUGCAUCUGCUGCAACUCUCUCUUCUAGUGUGUGUUAUAUAUGUAACAUUAACUCUACUCAUUUCUAGAUUACCUACCAAUAUGUACCAUCUUAAUUAGCUUUCAUUUACUUACCACCUACUAUACUUUGUGUUUGUGCCUAUCUAGCUAGCUAUCCAUCCAUCUGCAUCAUGUAUACAUAUGUUUUGUUUGAUGGAUUAGACAUAAUAAUGAUGUCUUGUGAAUACUGGAGUAGUAGUAUUUUCUUGGAAAGAUUCAGUAUGGUACUUAAUCUUGGAUGGUGCCACACAUGAUUAAUCUCGGACCAAUUCAAUCUCAUUCACUAUCAAUUUAACACCAUCAUACCAACUAAUUAGUUUAAGUGAUAUAGCAUUACAAAACAAAACAUAGCAUAAUUCUUUGAGAUAAAAGGAAAAGUGGACAUGAAUGUUGUAGUAGCAUGACACCACCUCAAAGACUUGUCCGUUUUCUUGCAAUGCUGCUUUCGUUUUUC